AUAUAAUACACAUCUGCUCGUUUCACCCGACAUUUAAUUACUUUUCGCAAUUAUCGAUCGAACGCUAAUUUUACACGUGUCUAAAAAAUUUUACGUGUAUAAACAGUAACCGUGUAAAUUUUACAUGUUUACUAUUAGGACUAAAAAUGUUCUUAGCAACAAAUCACAUCGUAUUUUACUUUGCUCAUAUUUUAUAGUGCAUGUGAAUUGUUUUUUUUUUUUGUAUUCUAAAAUUUCGAAAUAUCUAAUUCAAGAGACCUGCGCGCGGUCCUGUCUGAAGUUAGCCGCGCUUCCGAUUUCCGAUCGCUUCCUUCAGUCCGACGUCUGACGUUGCGUGUCACGCGGUAUGUGCACGCGCGUAUGUAUACACUACGCACCCGCGCACUCGUUGAGAGCUCCAAAUUCACGUGUUUCUCGGCCACCGGUCAACCACCGGUCUUCGCAGAGAAUCAUCCGUCCGUAACUCUGUGGGACUUUUGGGAAAGGAAGUGAGAAUCCAGGUAAUGGCGUGUCGCGCGGCGAACAUUCUUCCGGCGAGCGUCCUUCCGGUCCAGAGUAAAAGCGACGGCGGCAAUAGUCAACGGCAACAGAUCGCCGCACACGGCAUCAGUUGAGGGGAAACACAACGGCGAGCGCCCACCAUAUUGCAUAAGGACGACCGGCCGGGCGAAAGAUGUUCGCUUGCGGUAGAAUCGUCGGCCAACUGCCUGUCAGGGCAGUCGCACACGCGAAUCGCUUCUAUCGACCUGUAAAAUACCUCGGAGCUGUAAAUAUUAGUAAUCUACGUCACAGUAGCAAUGCAAGCAAUAAAAAGUCAGGUACUACUCUUAGGCCAGAGGAAUGUAUGCCGGAAUCUAAAUAUUCCAAAUCACAAAAAGAAGCUCCUGCCUGUGAAUUGGAAGCGAAUUGUCCGGCAGCGCAGGAGUGCAAGGUGAACAACAGCGAGCAGAAACAAUCGGGCGAUAGAGGCUCGGAUUCUGGUAAAAAUGGGAAAUAUCAAUUCCACUAUUGGCACCUAUUUGCUGCCUUGAUUGCGACAGGAGUUGUAUACAAGGUAUCUUCGUCAUUUUUAUUGAAAGAUGACAAGACAGAACAGAAAAGUGGACAAAAGAAAGAAGGGAAAAGACGUUGGAGAAACAAAGUUCCUGCAGAAUCAAAAUUAAUACCUGAGGAGGUACCUUAUUUAUUGAUAGGUGGAGGAACAGCCGCAUUUUCAGCAUUUAGGUCAAUUAAAUCUAGAGAUCCCAAAGCUAAGGUUUUAGUUAUAGCAAAAGAGGGGGAGUUUCCGUAUAUGAGGCCACCAUUGUCGAAAGAACUUUGGUACAACACAGACAGAAAAACAACUGCACAAUUACGUUUUAAUCAAUGGAAUGGAACUGAGAGAAGUAUAUUUUACGAACCUCAAGAGUUUUACACAAGUGUUACUCAGCUUAACGAAUCUGAUAAGGGCGGAGUUGCCAUAGCCAUGGGUUGGAAAGUAACGAAAAUUGAUGUUAUGAAUAAAAUUGUGACUCUCGAAGAUGGUUAUGAAAUAAAAUAUAAUAAAUGUCUCAUUGCAACAGGCGCGUCACCUAAAAAUCUGUCAAUAUUCGAAUCCGCUGAGGACAAUCUAAAGAACAAGAUUACAACGUUCAGAACGAAGGAUGAUUUUCUCGACUUGGAGGAAAGUGUUUCUAAUCCUAAAUGCAAGAAUGUUGUAAUUAUCGGUGGCGGAUUUCUUGGUUCUGAGCUCGCUUGCGCACUUGCUAGGAGUUGUAAGUUUUUUUAUUUAUCAUCAAAAUAUUUAAAGAAUAAUUUAUUUAUAAUGUAUUUUAUUAUAGAUAAAUCUAAAAAUGUUUUUCAAAUUUAUAAAGAAAAGUUUAUAAUGGCACAAGUAUUGCCAGAAUACCUGAGUGAGUGGACCACGAAAAAAACUGAAGCAGAAGGUGUUCGCACUAUAUCUAGCACAGAAGUUCAAGAUUAUAAAUAUAAAAAUGGUCGAUUAUCUCUUGUUCUCACUGGCGGCCAAACUCUCGAUGCUGAUCAAGUGAUAGUAGCAGUAGGUGCUCAACCAAAUACAGAACUGGCAACAACUUCUAAUUUAGAAACAGAACCUAAGAUAGGAGGAUUUCUCGUAAACGCUGAGUUAGAAGCAAGAAGCAAUCUCUGGGUUGCUGGAGACGCUGCAUGUUUUUACGAUGUCAAACUUGGUAGAAGAAGAGUCGAACAUCAUGAUCAUGCAGUUACUUCCGGAAGAUUAGCGGGUGAAAAUAUGACUGGCGCAGGUAAACCUUAUAUGCAUCAAUCGAUGUUUUGGUCAGACUUGGGGCCUGAUGUAGGAUACGAAGCAAUAGGUAUUAUAGACUCAUCUCUGCCAACUGUUGGAGUUUUUGCUAAAGGAGUAGAAGAAAACACAACACCGGUUAAUCUUAGUGAUGAACAAAAGACAAUUUCUGAAGACUCACGAUCUAAUGAAAAAUCGGAGUCAUCAGUGUCACAAAUUGUAAAGAGUACUGAUAACAUGGGUGAAGAAAAGAAAGAAACAUUUAAGGAUGACGUAAAGUCCGAGCAACCUACGAAGUACGAAGAUUUUGGAAAGGGCGUUGUUUUUUACAUGCGAGAUGAUGUUGUAGUAGGAAUACUGUUGUGGAAUAUCUUUAAUCGAAUGUCGAUUGCCAGACGGGUCCUUGCGGGAAACAUGAAGUAUGAUGAUUUAAAUGAAGUAGCGAAAUUAUUUACAAUUUAUGAAGAUUGAUAAUUUGGUUAUCAAACAACAAAGUGAAUGACAAUAUUAAGAGAUUAUUGUACUGUACAUGUAAAAAGGUGUCUGACUUCUGUGUGUGCAGUGUUAUCAUUGGAAAACCUGCAACCGAAAGCUCGUACAUCGUUGAAUUUCGCAGGUAUGCGAAUUAUCAGUCAGUGUUAUGUUGUCUAUACAUAAAAGAUUUCUAAAUACAAUCUAUACACAAAAUGUCUCAUAGAAACCAUGUAGAGUGUAUAUACGUUCAUUACAACUAAUACUAAUUGGAUUUAUAUAGAAAAUUGAAGAAGAGGAACUUUUAUUAAUUAUAUAAUACAAUGAUCAACUGUUACUCGUUAAAUACAUAUACAUUGUUUUAUUAAUUAUAA